AUGGCUGCCGAAGUCGCCACUAUUGAUCAAUCUCAAGUUGAUCAUUUAAAAAGCCUCAUCCAAGAAAAUGCGAAGCGAUCAAGAGCCCUUUUCGCUGAGGGCCAACCGCUCGACUCAGAUGCGACGGAGGCAGCAGACCGACUAGGCAUCGCCUCACGAAUGCGCUCAGAAUACGAUCAUGUUCGAGAGUUACCGCCAGCUCUAGCAGCGAAGAUUGCUGCUGCUGCCGGGCCACGGAAGAAGCAAAAGACAGCCCCAGAAGCGAAUGAUAUAGCCGAUGCUAGAACAACGAAGCUUAUCGAGGGCGUUGCUUCGAAGAGUGAAGCAAGCAACACAUCGACAGCGUUAACGGUGCGAGGACGGCAAGCUUCAGAUAGUCUACCACCGAAUGCGAACGGACCUACAGCGCAAAAGAAUCUUCCUUCAUCGAGUCUUGUUCGCAAGCAGACGGUUAUACAAAUAAAGCCAGAAUGGCACGCACCUUGGAAGCUGAUGAGAGUUAUUUCUGGACAUCUGGGAUGGGUGAGAAGUUUGGCUGUGGAGCCGGAGAACAAGUGGUUUGCAAGUGGAGCUGGAGACCGGACCAUCAAGAUUUGGGACCUUGCGACUGGGAAUCUUCGGCUUACUUUGACGGGUCAUAUCUCGACAGUUAGAGGUCUUGCGGUAUCUCCUCGACAUCCGUAUCUGUUUUCAUGUGGUGAAGAUAAGAUGGUCAAGUGUUGGGAUCUGGAAACGAAUAAGGUUAUUCGACAUUACCAUGGACAUUUGAGCGGUGUCUAUACACUAUCACUGCACCCUACGCUGGAUGUUUUGGUUACGGGUGGACGUGAUGGUGUUGCAAGAGUUUGGGAUAUGAGGACGCGGAGCAAUAUCCACGUUCUCUCUGGACAUAAGGGCACGGUAUCAGAUGUCAAGUGUCAAGAGGCUGAUCCGCAAGUCAUUACUUCAUCUCUGGACCACACAGUCCGAUUAUGGGAUCUCGCUGCCGGAAAAACUAUGGGUGUCUUAACACAUCACAAGAAGGGCGUGAGAGCGUUGGCUAUUCAUCCAAAGGAAUUCACAUUCGCCAGUGGAAGCACCGGAAGCAUCAAGCAAUGGAAGUGUCCCGAGGGAGCGUUCAUGCAGAACUUCGAAGGACAAAAUUCCAUCAUCAACACGCUGGCCGUCAACGAGGACAACGUCCUAUUUUCAGGCGGAGACAAUGGAUCAAUGAGUUUCUGGGACUGGAAAUCGGGACACAGAUUCCAAGCCCUGGACACCACUGCUCAACCAGGUUCACUCGACGCCGAAGCAGGAAUCAUGAGCUCUACAUACGACAAGACGGGACUUCGAUUAAUUUGUGGGGAAGCAGAUAAGACCAUCAAAGUAUGGAAACAAGACGAAACAGCAACUCCAGAAACGCAUCCCUUGGAAUGGAAACCAACCUUAGGCCGACAAAAGUUUUGA